AUGGAUAUCGUUCUCGAGAUCUGUGACUACUACUUGUUCGACAAGGUGUAUGCCCAGGCAUUGCCAAAAGGCGGUGCUGUUGACCAGUUUUUCCAGACUAUUCCCUCGUUCAACUCUACUGGAUUGAACUCUGCCAACUGGAAGCUCAACUCUUCCUUCAUCACACCGGAGUCACCCCUCGCUUCGUUAAUUGGAAAGUUGGCUAACUACCAAAACAAGUCCGAGAUCUACGGUCCCCCCAACCUACUUCCAGCCACGGAAUUCAUCGACAGCUCGUUCUUGGCCAGAUCCAACAUCUUCAGAGAAGGUCUCUCUAUUUUCAUAGUAACAGCCAUUUUCGGAUGGUUUCUUUACUUCUCUGUCGCAUCAUUGUCGUAUUUUUUCGUUUUCGACAAGAAAAUCUUCAACCAUCCCAGGUACUUGAAAAACCAGGUUUACUUGGAAAUUCACCGUGCCACCACAGCAAUCCCUACAAUGGUGUUGUUAACCGCACCUUUCUUCAUUUUGGAGUUGAACGGCUACUCGUUCUUGUACAUGAAUAUUGAUGAAUCCACUGGUGGUUGGAAGGCUGUAGCCUGGCAAUUCCCCAAGUUCAUCUUGUUUACUGACUGCGGUAUCUACUUCAUCCACAGGUGGUUGCACUGGCCCUGGGUAUACAAGAAGUUGCACAAGCCUCAUCAUAAGUGGAUUGUUUGCACACCUUUUGCUUCGCAUGCUUUCCAUCCUGUAGACGGCUGGGCUCAGAGUUUGCCUUAUCACCUCUACCCCUUGUUAUUUCCUUUGCACAAAGUGUUAUACUUGUUCUUAUUUACAUUUGUCAACUUCUGGACUGUGAUGAUUCACGAUGGCCAGUACAUGUCGAACGAUCCAUUUGUUAACGGUACUGCAUGCCAUACAGUCCACCACUUGUACUUUAACUACAACUAUGGUCAAUUCACCACGUUGUGGGAUAGAAUCGGUGGUUCAUAUAGAAGACCAGACGACUCGUUGUUUGUCAAGGAAAGCGACGCCAAGGAAGACAAGAAGGUGUGGUCCGAACAAACCGUGCAAAUGGAAAAGAUAAGAGGAGAAUUGGAGGGUAAGGACGACGAUAGAGAAUAUAUUUCUUAG